AUGGCUAUCAGCAAAUCAUUAGCCCAGGGCGCAAAAGGAUCCGUAACUAACAACGGAAUCGACCAGACGCAAAACAUCCUCGGCCUUCUGCCGGGUGAGCUCCCACAAUGCACAAUUCCGACACAUGUCAGCCCCACCGAUAUAGCGCAGCAGCUCAUCGCCGGCUUAUCUACACUGUCUAUCUCUCAGCUACAAAACGACAGCAUGUGGCGUGACACCGUUGCCCUGACUGGUACUUUGCGCACAUUCUAUACCGCGCCCACGGUUAUUGAGGCGUGGAAUGAGCUUAUCUACAGCCGUGCCGCCGGAGACUUCCAGCUUUUGGCGCCGACUGUACAAGUCGCGAAGCUAGACGAGAGCACACAAUGGAUUGAAGCCAGUUUCAGCUUCACCAUCUUGGAGCCGCAGAAGCUUCUGUGCUCUGGAUUCCUUUCAAUUGUCUUGUCUCCGGAAGGAAAAUGGAAAAUCUGGGUUAUUAAGACCAUUCUGGAGCAAAUCUGCGGCCAGCCUGAUGUUGACAAAUUAGACCCUGUGCAGCCUGCGCAAGAUGAUGUUCGACAGCUACGUAACAGUACCAACAACGGCAUCCCCUACUUUGAUGUCGCCAUCGUUGGUGGCGGAAUGUGUGGCCUUGCAACAGGAGGUCGCCUUAAAGCUCUCGGGGUCUCUUAUGUAUGUCUUGAAAGCCAGGAUCGUCUGGAAGACGUAUGGGGGAAGCGAUACAAGUCCGCCAAGCGCUGUCACACACCGGUGGUCCCGCAUUGGCCCAACCGUGACAGCUUUCGAGGUCAGGUCAUCCACUCAGUCGACUACCACGACGCAGAGCCCUGGAAGGGUCUCCGCGGGAUUGUCAUCGGCUCUGGGAACACUGGCCAUGAUGUGGCCAGUGACAUGGUUGCGGCAGGCCUGUCUUCCGUGACCAUGGUUCAGCGAUCCCCAACCUGUUAG